AUGAAACUACAUAAAAAAAAUGUAUUAAUUCGUUCAAGUGUGCAUUCUCCAUCGAACUUUGAGUCGAAACCCUCAACCUAAAUUCCUCGAUAGAGAUCUGUUAAUUAAUUUGAAGAAGCUGAUCCUACUUCAAAAGGUAUUAGGAAAAUUAUAUUUAUGAAAUAGAAAAAUCAUAAAAAUGA